CAAAUUUAAUCGAAGAGGAAGAUUAAAAGCGUACAAACUAUUAUACACAAUUUUCACGUGAAUUUAAUUGAAAAAAAGAGGAAAAAAUGGAUAGUGCUAGUAGCGAUUUUAAUGAAAAGCCAGCUCCACAUGAGCAUCAGCCGCGUUUGAACGAAGUUGCUCAAAAAUUCUUGGCCGAUUUAGACGAGGAACGCCAGCGUCUGUCCGCCGACUUCCCAUUAUGUGCGCUGUUGAUUGACGAAGCUGUGGAUCGCGUUUAUUGCACUGGCCGCAUUCCUGGCCGCGAGUUUUAUGCCGAUGUUUACAAACAGAAGCCAAUGAAAAUCACACAAAAGGUCUUCGUGCCCGUCAAGCAAUAUCCAAAGUUCAACUUCACUGGUAAGAUUCUGGGUCCCAAAGGCAAUUCAUUGCGUCGUCUGCAAGACGAAACCCAAUGCAAGAUUGCAAUCAAAGGGCGAAGCUCAAUACGCGAUCGCGGCAAGGAGGAGCAGCUGCGCAGCUCUGGAGAUCCGCGCUAUGCUCAUCUGCAGAAGGAUCUGUUUCUCGAAGUGAGCACUGUGGCGACGCCCGCUGAGUGCUAUGCUCGUAUUGCCUAUGCGUUGGCCGAGAUCCGUAAGUAUCUAAUUCCAGACAAAAACGACGAAGUCUCCCACGAACAGUUGCGCGAGCUAAUGGAAAUGGAUCCGGAAUCUGCCAAGAACAUACACGGACCUAACCUAGAAGCGUACAGAUCCGUUUUUGACAAGAAAUUUGGCGGCAGCAGUGGUGCGCCGAAAUACUUGAAUCUUAUCAAGCGAGCAGCGGAAAAUCCGCCCGAAGUCGAAGAGGCUGAAGAGGUGGCCUACGAGUAUGAUCAUCGCAUGGCCAAGCGUGGCGCACCAUCUGGAUAUGAAUACACCAAACCACGCCCAUCAAUAAUACCAACAAGCGCAGCUGCAUAUAAACGGCCACAGCCAUACCAAACUGACAUGAAACGAAUGCGCGAACCACCCAUCAAGUCUUAUAAACCGAAUACGUACACCAUUCUGAAAAAGUAUAAAUAAAUGAAAGCACAGCAAAUGCUCCUAA